AGAAACGAAGUAGAACAACAUCAUAAAUUGCAACUCCAGAUAUAGAUCGCACAACACCCGAUGGUGCAAAAUUCAAUCCAUUUGUGGAAUGCAGAAUUAUAAAGAUAAAAGCCACGAGGAGUUGAGGUUUGAGGACUACCAGUUAGGUGAUAAAGGUCAGAAAUGCGGUAUUUCCAGUACACAGAGAUUUGGUGUCAUCGAUAACACAUGGUCUUUCAUAUCACCAGUAUUUAACCAAGCAACUGUUGAUCAACCUUUUUAUUCUCUUUUUCCAAGAACAUUUGUAGUGGAAAGUGCAGGGGUUGACUCCUAUCAAAUGAAAUUUCUACAGCAACUGCAUCUACCCCAUUUCCGAAGUCACAGCAGUCCAUUUCCCAUAUAUUCCCUCCAGUGUACAUCAUGGUUAAACACUUGUGGCACUGGAAGUAGAGUGGAAUCUGCUGCCUCAGAUGUUUGUUUUUCUCCAUGGAUCCAUUCAGGUCCGUUUGCACCUUUAAAUCCAGCUUCCAAUUCUUCCACUACCUCCACCUAUUCUCCAUUAAGGGAUCCAUGGUCUUAUUCAACAUCUACCCCUCUAUCUCCAUGUUCAGUCUCACCUUCCACAUAUCUUUUGUUAGCAAAACCAUCUGCCCAUGUUUUUGAUCAAAAGAACUCUCUUUCUCCCACUCCUGUUUUAACAACAGGAGGCGUUCCACAAUCCACAUUAUGCUUGAAUUGCCUAAAGCAGUCUCAGCCUACUCCACCAGGACUUUGUAAUGUUUCGAGCACUCCACUUGCUGUGAGUCAAAAUACUGCAAGUGUUUCUGACCGUAUAUGCAAUUAGAUCUCAUUUAUAUAUUUUGCUUUCUGUCAUAAAUAAUAUAAAAGGCACCUUGUAGUCUAUAAAAUCGGUAAAGCACUUCUAUUGUGAUGUUGUACAUCUAAGUUGUUGCUACUCCACUCAGGUAAGUUUAUUCCUUUAUAGCAACUGUUUGCAUUGGUUAUUAUGGUGAAAACUUUUCUGUUUUAGCAUCAAUUUGGUCCAAAAUGAAGGGUUGUUGCUUUAAUCUAAUUAAACUUGGCAUUCUUCUUUUGCUUAUGUGUCAUAGUUGACUCAGAUGACAUGCAUUCAUGCAAUUGCUAUGUUGGUGAUCUCUGGUUCUUUCGCCAUUAACUUUUAUCGUUAUUUGGGUUUAAAGAUAUUCAUGUAUUAUGAUGUAUGAAUUUGUGUAGGUGCAUUGAUCAUGAUUCUGAAGAUGUACCAAUGGCAUUUAACAAAGUUGCAACUUGACUACAUUUGAUCUGUAUGUUGUGAAUACUGUACGGAGUUUUGCAUAUGCCACUGUUUGUGAUACUUGACAUCAUAUAGAUACCUGAAAAAUAUUAUAUCUUAUACCUGUAGAAGUGCUGCCUGAAGCUCUAUUAAUUGGCACCAUUACUUUUAAAUAAUAUGUCUUAAAA